UUAUUUUAUUUAAAGCUGCUAUAUGUGAGGUAGGACUUGAGAAAAAGAUCGCGGAUAUUUUUGAAUUGCCACACGCGUUGUCAUGGUUUAAAAGGUUUUUUUUUCGUGAAUAUAUGGCAAAAAUUACCGUUAUAUAUCAUUAAAAAACUAUUAACUCGAGUUUUAAAAGUUUCAAAGAAUAAAUGUGGAUUAAGUGAUAAUUGGGAGUAUACGAUAUUGGUUGGGCAACUUUGUCGUACUUUGCACGCAGAAAACAACAAUUAGAGAAAAACCUUCUAUCCCACAAAAGCAAUAAUUACUUUAGAUGGUCAAGCAGACUUGAAAUUUCCUGGUCAUACGCACCAAGAUAAGACGGCAUCAACAAAGUCAUCCUAGUUAGACAAAUCGAAUGAGUAACAAGCAAAACGGAUCUCAGCAAAUACGGUCCACAUUUAACGUCUGAUUGAUAUUUUUGUUGUGUUGUUUUUAUAUCACAAAGCACGAAAUCUCGUUCAACGCUAUCAGCGUAGAAAUUGAUGUUGUUUUCUACGAAUGCGUUUUUAUUAUAGAACGCAACGACCUCAAACACACGAACAAUAGCAUUUAUAUAAAGCUAAUAAUAAAUGUGGAGAGAAAUAUUGUAAAGUUAAUAGUCUUGAAAACGAUUUCCGUUAUUUGCAUAUUACGCCUACAGGUAUCCAACAACAAAAUAUUAAAAAUGGUCGAUGAUCGUUUACCUAUAAUAGAGAACGAACAAAAUGUUGAGACACCUAAUCGACGAGGUCCUCAAGAUAAUGAGUUGGACUUUGAACCUGUCGGGUGCACCUCAGCCUGCUGUAAUCCAACAAGCAGUCUUCAUCGUUUUUUGGCGUUGAUUUUUAUGUGCCUGCUGGGUUUCGGUUCAUAUUUCUGCUACGAUAAUCCCGGCGCUUUGCAAGACGUUUUUAAAAAAGAAUUAAACAUCACUACGACGCAGUUCACAUUAAUUUAUUCAAUAUAUUCCUGGCCUAAUGUUGUGCUAUGCUUCUUGGGCGGUUUCCUAAUUGAUCGCGUCUUUGGCAUACGUUUAGGGACUAUCAUCUAUUUAUUUAUUUUACUCGUCGGACAAUUACUCUUUGCCAGCGGUGGAAUUCUGAAGACCUUUUGGCUUAUGAUCGUAGGUCGUUUUAUAUUUGGUAUCGGAGCGGAGUCUCUAGCUGUGGCACAAAACAAUUAUGCCGUGCUAUGGUUCAAAGGUAAAGAACUUAAUAUGGUAUUCGGUCUGCAAUUGUCGGUAGCACGUUUGGGUAGCACCGUAAAUUUCUGGGUUAUGCAGCCCAUGUAUAAUUAUGUAAAAACUUAUUAUCCGCAUAAUACGAUCGGGGUUGUGUUGCUUUUAGCAGCAGGCACAUGUGUUUUGUCGCUGUUAUGUGCUUUAAUAUUAGGAUGGAUGGAUAAACGAGCUGAACGCGUAUUGCAUCGCAAUCUUAAUCCCGGCGGCGAAAUAGCUAAGCUAAGUGAUAUCACCACAUUUAAAAUAACCUUCUGGAUGGUAUCUGUAAUUUGUGUGGCCUACUAUGUAUGCGUUUUUCCUUUUAUUGCAUUGGGCAAAGGAUUUUUUAUGGAAAAAUUCCAUUUGUCGCCUGAGGAAGCCAAUAGUGUUAACUCCAUUCUAUAUCUAAUAUCUGCGAUUGCAUCUCCUUUAUUUGGUUUUAUUAUUGAUAAGACUGGCCGCAAUGUAGGCUGGAUAUUUGUAGCCACCUCUGCAACUAUGGGCGCUCACUCGCUAUUGGCCUUUACAAUGCUGAAUCCCUACGUGGGCAUGACCCUUAUGGGGCUAUCUUAUUCGAUGCUAGCGGCUAGCUUAUGGCCUUUAGUAGCUUUAAUUAUACCGGAAUAUCAACUAGGCACUGCCUAUGGAUUUUGCCAAUCUGUACAGAAUUUAGGUUUAGCUGUUGUAACAAUAUUGUCCGGCUUAAUUGUGGAUAAAAGUCAUGGAGAUUAUAUAUGGCUGGAAUUAUUUUAUUUAGGUUGGCUAACAAUUGCCUUUCUCGCCACUACUGUAAUAUAUGUUUACGAUCGUAAAACUAAAGGGAAUCUCAACAUGACACCUGCCCAAAGAAUUGAAUACGCAAACGCAAUGGCUGCAACUCUAACAAGUGAUGGAGAUAAUGCUGGUAGUACGAAUGAAUACGCCAGUGAUCAGGAGCCGUUGUUAAGUAACUAAUAAUAUUUGUUUGUGUCGCAAGUUCUCAAGAGAUCAAUAAUUAAUUUCUUUAUGCAAUUCGCUGUUGUCAGAUAUUGCCCUUCAUUUCCUAUUAUUUGAUGUGUAUUUUUAAAGCUUUAUAACAUAAAACUAUUUUAGGUUUGCACAACGGAUCAUAUUUUAAGAUAUUCAUCGCUGUAGUGCAGCACUUGCUAUUUUAUAUUUUGUAAUCUCUUUCGUUACAGUUCGUGAAAGAAAUAAAAAAAAUUUUGUAAUUUAGAAUUUUGCGAAAACUACAAUCUCCACUGUGGGUCGAUCUCCCAUUCUAAAACUAUAAUUUUUACAUUCUAUAAGCAGUCAAAUCUGAAAAGGUUAAUUGCUUUAUCAUUGUUAUUAAGCUUUUAUUGUUCGAAAAUAAAUCGUUAGAAAAAGUAACUAAA